GAUCACUUGCAGAAACUCAUGCAUGUAUAUUAUCUUUAACUCCGAGCCAAAGUUGGGAAAGGUGUUAUGCUUCUUGUUGAGGGGGUUCUCUUUGCACCAAUAUUCUGUGUGGAAAAAUGGCAUACCAAUAUAUUUGGAUAUGUACCACCUACCUUGACAUAUAGGGAAUAAUACAGUAUAUAAUCACAGUGUAUCAAUUCGCACACUAUGUGGGUAUUCUUAUUAAAUCUUGACGAAUAACGCCGCUAUUCUCGUAGUGCCAAAUUCUUCAACGAAAACUUCAAAUUCAUCAAGAAUCUUAUCAGCUAACUCAACUCCAUGGAACCCGACACGGCAGGGUUCUUUCAAGAACCGGAUGAUUAUUAUCCUCCAUCGCCGCCACCGACCUCCCAGGUCUAUACGUCGCAGUCAGGUAAAACCAUCACGCUUCAUCUGGUGGGGCACAGCCCGCUAGAGGCUCAUCACCUAUGGAAUGGCAGCCGCAUUAUCUCCAAGUACUUCGAGACACAUAUAUCCGAGGUUAAAGGCCGAACUGUGCUUGAACUCGGAGCCGGAGCCGGCCUUCCGAGCAUCGUAUGUGCCAUCUUGGGUGCCGAAAAAGUCGUGGUCACGGACUAUCCCGACCCGGACUUGGUUGCCAAUAUGAGGAAAAACAUCCUCGGUUGUGAGCUCAUAUCAGUAGUAGACGGCGAUGCCGAGAAUUCGCCAAUAGUUGCCGAUGGAUACGUGUGGGGGGCCGAUCCGACUCAUCUGUUGGCGCAUCUCGAGUCUACCAAGAGUGACAAAUUUGACGUGCUUAUCUUGGCCGAUCUGCUCUUUAGGCACUCCGAGCAUAGAAACAUGAUCUCUUCGAUUGAAGCCACGAUGAGCCGAAAGAAGACGAGCACAGCCUUCGUGUGUUUCACAAGUUACCGUCCAUGGUUGCAGCACAAAGACCUAGCCUUCUUCGAUAUCGCGCGGGAGAAGGGUUUCCUAGUUGAGAAAAUCCUAGAAGAGAAGAUGGACAAGGCUAUGUUCGAGAAUGAUCCAGGCGAUGAGCAAGUUCGGAAGACUGUUACUUGCUUCACGUUGCGGUGGCCAGAUGAAGAGUGCAUAUAGGGUGCAUUGCGGCUGAGUCUGCCUAUCACCACUUUCUCCCUCAGACUCUUCUAAACCUCCCCGGAUUGCAUCAAAUGGUUAGAGGUGUGAGCAGCAUCAUCGCGCGGUGCGCGCCUCUUGUGCGACUUCUUUGCACAUCACAUCAACCCCCAUCUUCGUCCGCGCACAUGUCGUGAUCGUGACGCAAUAUCGCCACCUUCUCAUCGUCAUACGACUCUAAAGAGACAAACGACGAGCAUUUGAUAUCGUUGGUCUUGCUGCGCUGGAUGCACAACAUAUAUUAGAACUGCUGUGUUGCCUUCCUCGAUUAGAUAUGAGAGACAGCAUCGGGCUAAACACCAAUGGCAACUACUUAAUGGGCAGUCAUUCUUAUCUUAACUGGUCUGAACUCAUUUUCUGCGCCUCGUUGUGCUCAUCCAAGUUCUUUGCCUCUUUUGGGUUGCGUCGAGUGGAGCUUCGAGGCAGUGCAUGCAUGUGUUCAUUGUUUAAUCCUGCAGGUCUGCCAUUUU